AUAAACAGAGAGGGGGAAAACAACACCACAAUAAAUAUAGUGAAAUUCCUUAGAGAGAAAGAGAGAGAAGAGAGAGAGAGAGAGAGAGAGAAUGGAGAGAGCUCCAUCUUCAAGGUUCAAAAGGUUGUGUGUAUUUUGUGGGAGCAGCCCAGGGAAGAAGCAGAGCUAUCAAAUUGCUGCAAUUGAGCUCGGCCAUGAAUUAGUUAAGAGAGACAUAGAUUUGGUCUAUGGCGGAGGGAGUAUUGGGCUCAUGGGCCUUGUUUCACAGGCCGUUUAUGACGGCGGCCGUCAUGUCAUUGGGGUGAUUCCCAGGACUCUAAUGCCAAGAGAGAUAACUGGAGAGACAGUAGGAGAGGUCAGAGCUGUAUCAGGAAUGCAUCAAAGAAAGGCCGAGAUGGCUCGACAUGCUGAUGCUUUUGUUGCUUUACCAGGUGGUUAUGGGACACUGGAGGAGCUGCUUGAAGUCAUCACUUGGGCUCAGCUUGGGAUCCAUGAUAAGCCGGUAGGUUUGUUGAAUGUUGAUGGAUACUACAAUUCGCUGCUAUGUUUCAUCGACAAGGCUGUAGAUGAGGGAUUUAUUUCGCCAGCUGCUCGUCACAUUAUAGUUUCUGCCCAAAAUGCACAUGAAUUAUUGUCCAAACUCGAGGAAUAUGAGCCAAGGCAUGAUCAAGCUGCAACUAAGCUCAGCUGGGAGAUGGAGCCAUUUGGGCACACACCCUUAGCAGAAAUUGCCCGUUAACCAAGACUUUGAAGACGUCGACAUGCAUAUAUACAAGACUCACUUUGACCAAACCCUGAAGUGUAGUAAUCCCACUUUGACCAAACUUCAAGUGUAGUAAUCCUUGUUCAAUCUCUUUUGUACUUGCCUUUUAGUUAGCAAGUUUGAUGUGGUUAAUGCCAUUGAUUAGAUAUAUACAC